AUUUAUUAUUAAUUUAAAAUGGGAUGUCCAGGCUACAGAAUUUAGAACCCCUGCUACAAAGCAGCCUACCAUACGUAGGAACUAUUUUACUGAUAUAUUAUCUGUCAGUGCUGAUUUUAAAGUAGUACCGUUCACCGGAAGCUGACUAUCAGUCUGGCUGUGUCCUUUAGCUAACGAGCUAGUUAGCUGCCAUAACAGGCAAGCAAAUGUUUACUCUAUGGAAAGAUGAAUCAAACCGCGCUUAAGGAUUGAUUUAGAAAGAGAUUCGUGUUAAGCCGCUGUUGAUAACGGCACCAUGUUGCGUGUCGGGAGUAAAGCUACCUGCAUGGCCUGCAGGAACCUGGUCUCCACCAACAUGGGUGUGAGAUUUCGGGUACCGCUGCAGAAGCUGCACCCUCUGUCCCGUGCCAUCCACCACCGCUACUCGGGAAACACCAACCCCCAGCGACCACCUCAUCGCACGGCAGCCCGCUAUUUUACCUCCAUGUCACGGUUGCCCAUGCGACCUCCCAAGCCUCCCCCAGGUUCAGGGGGCCGCGGCCACCAGCAACAGCGAAACUUUUGGGUGGCCCGCCUCGCCGCCCGGCUGCUAAAGCUCCGAUACAUUCUGCUGGGGUCGGCAGUGGGAGGAGGGUACACUGCUAAAAAGACCUAUGAUGAGUGGAAGGACAUGCUUCCUGAUUUUAGUGAAUACAACUGGGUCAUUCCAGAUUUUGUCUGGGAACUGAGUGAACAAAUUGAUCUUGAUAAACUGGCCAAAGCCCUACCAGAGAUAGAGGAAAUAGCCAAACUACUACCUGAUCUUGACAAGAUAGGCGAGAACUUCACUUUCCUCAAAAGCCUCUUGUCCUCCGGUGUGAGUUUGGGUAGUGAAGUCAAAGGAGCUUCUGGUCUGCAUCUGUUGUUAGAAACGUCAGGCGAUCCCCCUCUAAAAGCCACAGAUUCUUCUACAGCAGCCGUGCAGGAAGGCAGCGAUAAGCAAUACAAAAAGCAGGGUCUGCUUGGCGAGCUCAUUCUUAUUCAGCAGCAGAUCCAGCGGCACGAGGAGGAGGUCCGGCGGGCCGCUGCAGCCAGUAGUGCGCGUCCCCCACCGCCAGAGCCUGCUCCCAGUCCGCCUCCGAACCCCAGCCCCCCUCAACAGAAACGCAAGUCAUCAGACAAAGAAAAGAUAGACAACCUUCAAGAGGAACUACUCCGUACGCAGCUAAAAUAUCAGCGCAUGCUGGAGCGUCUGGAAAAGGAGAACAAAGAGUUAAGGAAAGUGGUUCUGCAAAAAGAUGAUAAGGGGAUUCACCAGAGGAAAGUGAAGAAAUCUCUUAUUGACCUGUAUUCUGAAGUCCUGGACAUCUUGUCAGACUAUGAUGCCAACUAUAACACCCAAGACCACCUACCCAGGGUGGUUGUGGUCGGGGACCAGAGUGCUGGGAAAACUAGUGUUCUGGAAAUGAUAGCCCAGGCCAGGAUCUUCCCCAGGGGGUCAGGAGAAAUGAUGACCCGCUCUCCUGUCAAGGUAACACUAAGCGAAGGUCCCCACCAUGUGGCGAUGUUUAAGGACAGUGGUCGAGAGUUUGACCUUACCAAGGAGGAAGACCUGGCUGCUCUGAGGCACGAGAUUGAGCUGAGGAUGAGGAAGAGUGUAAAGGAGGGACAGACCGUCAGCUGUGAGACAAUAUCCUUGAGUGUGAAAGGCCCCGGCAUCCAGCGGAUGGUGCUUGUUGACUUACCAGGAGUCAUCAGUACUGUGACAGCAGGCAUGGCAGCAGAUACUAAGGAAACCAUCUUUAGCAUCAGCAAAGCCUACAUGCAGAACCCCAAUGCAAUCAUCCUCUGUAUUCAAGAUGGCAGUGUGGAUGCAGAAAGGAGCAUUGUAACAGACCUGGUCAGCCAGAUGGACCCUCAUGGGAAGAGGACCAUCUUUGUCCUGACCAAGGUGGACUUGGCUGAGAAGAACCUGGCCAGUCCGAGCAGAAUCCAGCAAAUAGUGGAGGGGAAGCUGUUCCCCAUGAAGGCCCUGGGCUACUUUGCAGUGGUGACAGGAAAAGGGAGCAGUGGUGAAAGCAUAGACUCCAUUAAAGACUAUGAGGAAGACUUCUUCCAGAACUCCAGAUUACCUAGAGACGGCAUGCUGAAGGCCCACCAGGUGACCACAAAGAACUUGAGUCUGGCCGUCUCUGACUGCUUCUGGAAGAUGGUCAGAGAGUCUGUUGAGCAGCAAGCUGAUGUCUUCAAAGCAUCUCGCUUUAACCUGGAGACAGAAUGGAAGAACAACUACCCUCGUCUGAGAGAGCUGGACAGGAAUGAACUCUUUGAAAAGGCCAAAAAUGAAAUCUUGGAUGAAGUCAUAAGUUUGAGUCAAGUGACCCCACAACACUGGGAGGCCAUCUUGCAGAAGAAACUGUGGGAACGCGUUUCCACCCAUGUGAUUGAGAACAUCUACCUGCCUGCUGCCCAAACGAUGGACUCGGGUACCUUUAACACCACCGUGGACAUCAAGCUCAAGCAGUGGACCGACAAACAGCUUCCACACAAAGCAUUAGAGGUUGCCUGGGAGACCCUGCAGGAAGAGUUUGCUCGCUUCAUGGCUGAAUACAAAGGCAAAGACCAGGACGACAUUUUUGACAGGUUGAAGGAGGCUGUGAAGGACGAGAGCAUCAAGAGGCACAAGUGGAAUGAGAGGGCCAUGGACAGCCUGAGGGUGAUCCAGCACAAUGCCCUAGAGGACCGCUCCAUCACAGACAAGCCCCAGUGGGAUGCAGCCAUUCAGUUCAUGGAGGAAACCCUGCAGUCACGCCUCAAAGACACGGAGUCAGUUAUCAGAGAUAUGGUGGGUCCAGGCUGGAGGCAGAGGUGGAUGCACUGGAUGAAUCGCACACCAGAUCAGCACAUUCGUAAUGAAACAAAAAAUGAGCUGGAGCGUUUGCUGAAGCUGCAUGAUGAACACACAGCCUACCUGGCCAAUGACGAGGUCACUACAGUCCGGAAGAAUUUGGAGGGAAGAGGGGUUGAAGUCGACCCUGUGCUGAUCAAGGACACGUGGCAUCAGCUGUAUCGCCGUCACUUCUUGCAGAAGGCACUUUCUCACUGUAACCUCUGCAAGAGAGGCUUCUACUACUACCAGAGACACUUUGUUGACUCUGAGUUGGAGUGCAAUGAUGUAGUACUGUUCUGGAGGAUCCAGAGGAUGCUGGUCAUCACAGCCAACACUCUCCGACAGCAGCUCACCAACACUGAAGUGCGCCGAUUGGAGAAAAAUGUGAAAGAGGUACUGGAUGACUUUGGGGAAGACAUGGAGAGGAAGACCCACCUCAUUACUGGCCGCCGGGUCCAGCUGGCCGAGGAUCUCAAGAAAGUUCGUGAGAUCCAGGAGAAACUUGAAGCCUUCAUAGAAGCUCUUCACAAGGAAAAAUAAGAGAACCAGAACUAUGGGAAGUAAAUUCAUGGAUCACAACAGAGAAAUGCACUGAACAAAGACAACUGAAUCUGUAAAUGACCGUCAUCACCCCCCGACCCUGCGCACAUCUCUCACCGGAUUUUAACUCCCACGGCUUGGCUUUUGUCCCUCUUUGAUGGAAAGAUGGACCUGAACUGAAGGAAACAGUUUUCAAGCUUUCUCUUUGAUUUUCUUGCAAACUGUCCUCCCGGGUCAAGAGGAAGGGGACCUUGCUGCACAGGAGCCCAAACACACUCAGAUCAGGAGGAAAAUAAGAAGCGAGCACAGUGUUUCCAGACAUCUGACCUCUCAUUUUCAAUAAAUGAGGAUUGUGUUCAUGUUAAUCUCCCCAUUGUUUCUUUCAGCUGAUGGUGUCUGUGCACAUGUGAUUAGAAGAGUGUCUUUUCACUGAUCUCUGUAUGAAAAAACUUAAUUUGUGCUGUUUCUGAUGGGGUGAAACAGCCUUGAAUCUUGCCUGGUGCUCCUAAAAUACGCCAUGAUACCUACCUGAAUUAACCUUUAUCUAACACCAAUUCUUUUAAGUCGCACAUAGGAUCCAAUAGCACUUAAGUUUUCUCUCGAAGCUGCAGCUUUACUCUACAUUUACGCUUCAUGUGCCCGUAAAUGACACAGUGUGUAGCUCUAACAGACUUUAUAUCUAUAGAAUAGAAAGUAGCUGCCUGGUUCAAUACUCAACUUCCCUCCCAUCAACGACCUCCAUUGUAAGACCACAACAGCCACUCAACAGGACUAGCUUUGAAGUGUUGAAAAUAUGUAUAGAUUUAAUUUCUUAUUAUUUUGUCCUAAUGGGGUUUAAUUGACAAUAUUAUUUUUAUGCCUGCCAAAUGCACAUUAUGUCCUCGUCAUGCCACCUUUUGUUUCUAUCUUUGUCUGUGUGUGUGUGUGUUUGUGUUUCAUUAUUGUACAUUAACAUUUCAUCUAUGUUGCAGCUGACAGAUAAUAACACAACUUCCAAAAUAAAUAAUAGGACAGCCUCUUUAUAGAUUGACAGUUUAAUUAAACACAUUCAGGAUGCUUCUCGAGCGUUUUCACGCUUUAUUUAACUAAGUGCUGCUUCUUUUCUAAACUGGUUAUGUGAUGAUGUAUCUUAACAUAUCACAUCCUUAUAUCAUGUCUAAGGUUUAGGAUGUCAUUCACAUUAUUUAUUUAAAGGUAUAAUGUGCGGGUAUGCAGGUUUUUGCUAAAAAUGGUGUAGACUCUUCCAAAAACAAUCCCUUAUAUUCAUCACUAAAUGACCCACUAGAAGUGUGUAGUGUUGUCUGCAGAGACCCUGCCCUCUGCCUGUGUUUUCUUUUAUUUUCAUUUUGCUGUGUUUGGGACAUUUCUGGGCAUCACCCUCUGUCCACAAAGCUAUGAAAAUGGCAGGCACAAUGCAGAAAGAAAUUACAAUUUGGUGAAAUACCAAGUGGGCAAAAUGUGAAUGAAUCUAGGAUUUGUUUUCACUUUCGUUGAAACAAAAAACAGACCCAAGUUUAAAUGUUGUAUUAAACAGUAAGCGGUAACUCCUGCAUAGUAUGCCUUUAAAUAUGUUAUAAUAACCAAUUUUAAGUUAAAUUUCAUUUGAUUUUCAAAAGAUAUGACACCAUCUGUCAGUUGUUAGUCUGUUCUGCUCUUGUAUCCAGUGCAUCUCGAUUAGUUGUUGCAGUUAUAGAGGGAAAGGUGGGUUUUCUCAAUGUAUUUCUAAUCUGCACCAGGUUUGAUAGCAGCACAGUUUUGUGUGUGUACACGUAGACGGCACAGGUGAACAUGUACUAAUCCACUUUUUCUCUCUUGUCUCUGAUUGAAUGGUCAUGAACAUCUUGUGUCUCUUGCUGCUUCAAGGUUGAGAUCAAACACCCAAAAAAAGAGAAAUCCUUCUCUCUCCUUGUAUCUAAUGAAAGGGAAUUGUCCUCAAAGUAAAGAAAAAAGCAAGAUAUUGAACAUGCUGGUGGGUUAUUUUAAACUGAAGGUGUACGCUUUUGUCAGCUCACUGAUUCUUCUCCAAGUCACUGUUCAGGUUUCCACAUUGCUCCUGAUCGCUUCUUCUUGAACUGCUUAUCUUGCAUCCAUCUCAAUCAUUUGGAUAUUUCUGACUUUUUCCAUCACCCACUCACUCUUCCCAGCCUGAAUACCCUGUCUGAAUUUUGACCGAAAGGGGGCUGAGAGACUGUGUUACCCCUAUCCAUUCAUUCAUUCAUGUGUAUAUGGGUAUAUAUAUAAUAUAAAACAUGCCGUGCAUUCUGUACAGGUAAAGUUAAUAGAAAGUUAUGGAGCUACUAUCAUGUACAGCACGUGUAUGCGGCGUGAGCAACUUGUGUAACAGAAAAUCGGUGAGUUGGUUCAACAAAAUGUUUUAUGUUGUAGAAAGUAAUGUUUGCAUGGUGUACCCCAUCAGAUGUGCUUUAUUUAUUAAAUUUGUGUUUAAAAAAGAAAAAAAAAGUGAAAAUAAAAUUGACAUAAAUAAAAAUGACCUUUUUUCGUGACGUGUCAGCUCGU